AUGGAUACCAUUAUCUCAGCAGAACCUUCACACAGAAGACCAAAACCGACCGACAGCUUGCGUCUGGUGAACCAGUCAGAGCCAGACAGCAAGGGCAGGAGUUCGACGAAGGCCACCGACCAUGAAAGCGUAUCCGAGUUCACAUAUCCUGAAGGCGGUUUCGCUGCUUGGACUGUUGCGAUCGGCUGUUGGUGCUCGAUGACCGCAGGCUUAGGCCUUGUUAAUUCAGUCGGCGUCUUGGAGGCCUAUGUCUCCUACAACAUGCUUCCUUCCUCCUCCCCCAGUGCCAUAGGUUGGAUUUUUGGCAUCUACGUUUUUAUUUCGUACUUCUGCGGUCUACAAAUCGGCCCUAUCUUUGAUGCAAGAGGUCCACGAGAGUUGAUGAUUCUGGGCACUGUCUGCUCGCUUGCUGGAAUAUUCUGUCUGGGUCUCUGCACAGGUACAGUCCCCUUGACCGGUUCCCAGGCCCACGCAGCUAAUUCUUCUUUCUUUUCUUUUCUUCCAGAAUACUAUCAGUUCAUCCUGUCAUUGUCCAUCCUUAACGGCAUUGGUUCCUCCUUUCUCUUCACUCCGGCUAUGGGCACUAUAUCGCACUGGUUCAACGCUAAGCGCGGCUUGGCCAGCGGCUUCGCUUUCACGGGCAGCGGACUUGGAGGCGUGAUAUUCCCGCUAAUGUUGCAGUCAUUAAUUCCACGCCUGGGUUGGGGAUGGUCGAUGCGCUUGGUAGGUGUAGUGCUCUGCCGGAGCCGCCUGCCACCGAAGCGUGGUGCAACAAGCUCUUGGCGUGACGUUCUACCCAGUGCAGCCAUCUUCCGCGAUGGAACUGGCGCGAUGGCCGUCACAUCUGCCGGAGUCUUCUUAGUCGAAUGGGCAUACUUCGUUCCCAUCACUUACCUACCGACAUACUACCUCACAAGAAAAGGGCUAUCUGGCCGGCAAGCAAUAGUUGAUAGUGAUGCGGCUUUUGCUUACCGAUUGCUCGCCAUCCUUAAUUCAGUUUCCUGCCUUGGGCGUUUCUUUAUCGGUUAUAUUGCCGACAGAAUAGGGCGGUACAAUACCAUGAUCGUCUCGACCUUGCUAUGUCUGGUUUCUGUGAUGUGUCUAUGGUUACCAGAUGCGAUGGCCGAUUCGCCCCCAACUCUGGCGCUUAUCAUCGCUUUUGUCAUCCUGUUCGGAUUUGCAAGUGGCUCAAACAUAAGCUUGACGCCUGUCUGUGUUGGGCAGCUAUGCGGGACACAGGACUAUGGUCGGUAUUAUGCGAGCGCGUAUACAUUGGUUAGUUUCGGGUGUUUGACCGGCAUUCCUAUUGCCGGGAGCCUGAUGAAGGCUACUGAUGAUUCUGGCAGGAAGAGCUUCUGGGGGGUUAUUUUGUUUACAGGGAUGAGUUACAUUGCCUCAUUUGCAUGCUUCCUAUGGGUGCGAGUGCGUAUCAAGGGCUGGAACUGGAAAGUUAUUUGGUAG